AAAAAUGUCGGACAUGUCAAAUACCGCAAAGUGUCUCUCGUACGUUCCUCCCGUUUUUCUAUUCGCCCUACUUGUAUUUGCACACGUCAUAUACGUGUACACCUAUUGCAUUACAAUCAUAAGUGAAUACCCUGCAUUGACGUUCACAAAUCUAAUGAUGCUCGGCAUAUUGUUUUUGAAGUUAACCUGGGCGCUCAUAGCCACAGUUUGUGCUCCUCCAAAGUUGGUACCAGAAAAAUACAGAGCUAGAAAGGAAGAUUUUGAUGCCUAUCUGAAAUGUGCCGAUAUUCAGGCGCAAAAAGGGUUCUUGUCCAGUUUGGCCGAACGUAUGGGCAUAGUUCUGGACGAGAGAACAAACUUUGGAAUGUUAAGGUACUAAAGGUUCUGUGCAAUCUGCAUCCACUUCAAGCCGGAUCGAGCUCACCAUUGUUCGCAGUGCGGCACCUGCCUUUUGAAGAUGGAUCAUCAUUGUCCGUGGAUAGCAAACUGUGUGGGUCUGCACAACCAGAAAUUAUUUCUCCUUACAGUACUAUACACAGUACUGUAUUGUUCUUUUUACAUGGCAACCACUGGGCCCUUCAUCACUGACUAUUUCCAGGACCAAAAGUACGCCAAUCAUGUCGCUGUAACCGCAGGGUUCUCGCUUGCAGCGCUGUUAGAUUGUAUGGUUGUUAUAUUUUACUUCUACCACUGUAGUUUGUUAUUUAAAAAUAGCACUACCUUAGAAGGAAUACAAAAGGAAAGGUCGUUAGUGCAAGGAUCGAAAACCUACAAUUUGGGAGCUAGAAAAAAUUUCAUACAGGUGUUUGGACGCAAAUGGUACCGGUGGUUCCUUCCCGUAUACUCUAGUGAAGGAGAUGGGUGCAAUUGGGAGACUAGAGAGGCGCAGAACUCGACAGCACGAACAUGUAGCCGGAAUCGGCAUAAUCCUUAAUCUUAACUCGAACCUCAAAGUCAUUGGGCACAGUGAAUAUGAUAUAGAGUCAUUUAGUGUAUACGUAAAAAAAAUAAAGUGUAUUAUACGAUUCUCCAAAUAAG